UGAGCAGUACUUCAUUAUUAUUUGUAAAUUAACACCCCCCCUUCAAAAUCUUUGCCUUUUGUUUUUAAGAACAUCAACACCCUUUAUUGUAUUUCCCUUUUGUAUGUUAGUACACAAAUAGGAGUUAAUAAAGUAAUUUCUCUAAUUGUAAUUAAUAAUUAGCAAAUUUUACUAUUGAUUAUGAAUCAAAGGUACAACAGGUCUGUUCAAGUAAUAACAAAUUCAAGAAAUUUCUGAAGAAACGCUUUUUCUCAUUCAACAUAGGUGGAAUGUUGAAAAGUUUAGUGAAUGUUUUUAUUUUACUUUUUUUUAAGGGACUCUAAAAGUUUAAAAUGUUAUUCACCAUAAAUAUUUGAUUGCCUGAUGCAUGUUCCUGGGUAGGUGCAUCACAAAUCAAAUUGGUUUUGGUCCCCAUUGCUAGUGUAGUAUCAAGAAGUAACUAUGAUAGCAAGUUAGAAUAUGUGAUAUGGGACCAUUUCCCCUCCCAUUGAUUUUUUUUCCCCUUCACAUGUGUUCAUUUUCAGGAGGAAUGAUGUUGCUAUAUCUUUUAAAUUUUCUAGCAUGCUAUACCUAUACUUGGUUUACCUUGAAUGCUUGUUUGAGUAGCAUGAGUAUUGCCUAUGUCAGUAGUUUGUUUUACUUAUUUCUUUUAUUAAUGGGAUUGUAAAAGGAUUAAUACAUAGGCCAUAAAUACAUAUGAUGAACAAAUAUGCAGAAUAGUUUUUCACAGGAAGAAAUGGUUGUGCUUUUACAACUUGGAAAAGGAGACUAUUUGGUUUAGAAUCCUUAGGUUGAAAUUUUCAGUGAGAGUUAGGACCAGGGUUUUUACUGUUUGUGAAAGACAUAGCAAGCAUUAGAAGGGUGAUAGCAUUGGCCCAAGGACAAAUAAUACUGCAGUGUUCCUACACUUUUUUUUUUUUUAAACAUUUUUCAAAGUCUCUGAUGGAAGUAAUAUACCAGUCGGCAGACAAACCACCUGGAGAACGUCACCUUUUACCUUUUGGUCAUUGUAAACCUUUGAUCACGCUAUAUCUUUUGGUCAUUGGCCAUCUUUAAAUUGUUACUUCUACAUUUUAUUUUUCCCUUUUUUAUAGAGUUCUUUCUUCUUUUCUUGGGGGCAUUUAGUUCACAUGUUUAGGGAGCCUUGCAUUAAUUAAUUUGGUACUGUGGCAAGUAUCUCAGUUCAUUGUAAAAGGCACUUUGAUGAUUAUUCACAUAUUAAACCCUUUGAGUUAACUGAAUAACAUUCUGAUUGCUUACAUGGUAUUAGAGUGCACUUGUUGCUAUAGCAAUUAAAUAGUUUAAUGGAUCCAAGCAAUAUUUCCUGGUAUUCCUGAAAAUUUGAGAAGAAUCAGGAAGAGAAGAUUGGUUUUAGGCCAAUUAAAGAAUCAUGAACUAUGUAAACUUGAUACACUUAUAGUUACAUCUUCUAAGCCUCAUCCCAGUGACUUGUCUAUAUCAUUCAUGAAGGAAGCAUGCAAAAAUACUUUGAAUGCACCUGACACACUCAUCUGUAAAAUGAUUUAUGGUAAAUGAUAUUUAUUUAUGGUAGGCAGCUGGACAUCUUUGGAAUUGUUUCUCUUCAGUUCUUAUAAAUGAAAAUAAUUAUUUCUGGAAAAUUUUAAAUGGAUGCUACAGCUAGGUAUAAUCCAUUACAGAAAAGGAAGGGACUAUGAACAAAGAAAACUCAAAAAAAAUUUUAAUCUGCAUGCUGAAUGUAAAAAAGAAAAAACUUAAGACCCAAUAGCUCAUAGAUUUUUAAAUGAGAGAGUUCCUCUUGGGUAUUAUUUUCAUUGCUUUAGGGUCAUUUGAAAAUAUUUUGAUACUGGAAUACUCAUGAGGUUUGUUUUCUUAGUAUAGAUAUGCUGGAGUAUUACUUUACAUUUAUAAAAAUCUGAGUACUUGUAACUAUAAGAUGUGGGACAAAUAAACCAACUUGAUUCAACUUCUUCAGUGUAUAUUUAGCUGAAAGAAUAGGCAAAAGGAUUAGCUUGGUUUGGUCCCUUCCUGCUAGGCUAAGAUUUAUAAAAGUGGAUAAAUAUAGCCCUCUAGAGGUUCUGUGCUUAUACUGUUUACUUGAUGCAUCUAGCAUUUCUCUGAAGUGAACUGAUUUUCAGAAAUUCUAUUGAGAGGAAUCAGAUUUUAAUAAUAUUACAUGGCAUCAACAAUAUUCGGGGCAAAGGUGGUAGGGAUAUUUUAUUCUAGCUGUAAAUGUUCAUGUUAGAUUGUAACCCACUUUUGUAAUCUACUUUUUAACUUACAACAAGAUAGCAGAAUAUUAGAAUGCUCAGUAUUUUACAAGAUGAAUGAUUGAAUCCAGAUACUUUGCUGAUAAAUGCCAAGAUUAUUAUCAGAAAAUUCUGCAUAUGAAAGUGUAGGGUAAAUGAACUGAGGUGGCUUGGGAAGGAGAUCAUACUAUAUUCAUGCCAUGAAAUAUAUACUUAUUAAUAAGGUAGACUUAGGUUUAUUGACCUGGAAUUUCUGAUAGGGCUUUAGGGGAAAACAAGUUACAGAAUGAUUUUAUAUAUACAUACUUCCCAUUUUUGCUUAAGAGAAAAGAAAAAAUGGGGAAACCUCAAAACUUUGUAUGAGCAUAUGUAUCAACAAAGAAAAGCAGAAAGGAUAUACACUGAACAAUAUUACCUUUAGGGUAGGGUUUGGAAGGAUGAAAGAAGAGUAUUUAUAUAUUUCUAUUUAAAUUGUGAUGGAAAAGACAAAAGGGACUGAAAUGGGAAAACUUGAAAGGGUCAACAGAAAGAAGGACCUUAAUCUGAAUAGUUUCAGAGGACUAAUCCUAGCUGUUAAUUUCAGAACUGAUUUCUAACAAAUUAGCUAAGUCAGCUCCUGCACAUAUUUUCUGAGUUUAUUAUUUAAAUGAGAUAUGUGCACUUGAUGAUUUCCUUAAAUAUAAGGUUAAUGUCCAAAUUGUUUAAAAUGUGUGGUGCUUGGUUUUUCUCUUUAUUUUGCUAAUAAGCUUUUCCCUUGUUCUGGGAAUUAAAGUCCUUUCCUCUUUAGCCCAGUUAAAUUUUUAAGGGAGGGCCUUUAUGAAAAAGCCCUUCUUUGAGGUCUUUAAGUGGAAAUGAUUGGUUCUGAAAAUGUUUGCUCCGUGGCUUUUGUAACAUUUCAGAAGUACUGAAGGCGCAUUGUGAAGGCUGCCUCAAUAUCGUUCCUGCAAAAUGCUAAGGAAUAAUUUAGGCAACAGUUCAGAGUCCAAAAAUGAAGAUGGCUCCAUCUUUUCACAGACAGAACACAAUAUUGUUGCAACUUACUUGAUUAUGGCAGGUAUGAUAAGUGUUCUCAGCAACAUGAUAGUUCUGGGCAUCUUCAUUAAGCACAAGGAACUUCGGACAUGCACAAAUGCACUUAUCAUUAACCUGGCUGUUACUGACAUAGGGGUCAGUAGCAUUGGCUAUCCCAUGUCUGCUGCUUCAGAUCUGAAUGGAAGUUGGAAAUUCGGAUAUGCAGGAUGUCAGAUUUAUGCUGCGCUGAAUAUCUUUUUUGGAAUGGCAAGCAUUGGGUUACUCACGGCUGUGGCCAUGGACCGAUACCUGACACUCUGCUGUUCUCACACGGGAAGAAGAAUGACCACCAACACUUAUAUCUGCAUGAUCCUGGGAGCCUGGACCAAUGGCCUCUUUUGGGCCUUGAUGCCUCUCACUGGGUGGGCUAGUUAUGCCCCAGACCCUACUGGGGCCACCUGUACCAUAAACUGGCGGAAAAAUGAUACAUCCUUCAUUUCUUUCACGAUGACAGUUGUCGCAGUGAAUUUUAUUGCGCCCUUGACGGUGAUGUCUUACUGCUAUUAUCACGUCUCUCGAACCAUUAAGGGCCACACUGCUGGUAACUGCACUGAGGACCUGGACAGAGAUUGGUCAGACCAGGUAGAUGUAACAAAGAUGUCUGUGAUAAUGAUAUUCAUGUUUCUGGUGGCCUGGUCCCCUUACUCCAUCGUGUGCUUCUGGGCUUCUUUUGGUGACCCAAAGAAGAUUCCUCCCUCCGUGGCCAUCAUAGCUCCGCUGUUUGCAAAAUCUUCUACAUUCUACAAUCCCUGUAUUUAUGUGGUUGCUAAUAAAAAGUUCCGGAAGGCAAUGUUUGCCAUGUUAAAAUGUCAGACUCACCAAGCAACUCCCGUGACCAGUGUUUUACCAAUGGAUGUAUCUCAAAACCCACUGGAAGAAACUGAAAUAAGAGAAAAAGCACACAUUGCCAAAACAUGUUAUUUACUUUUUCCCCCCACUGGUUUAAUUUAAUUUGGAAUUUGAGUCCAAUUAGAUUACCUACUAAACUG